GGUAUAUGUCACACGUGUGGGGACAAAGUGACAGGUGCAGGCCAGGCAUGCCAGGCCAUGGGCAACCUGUACCACACCAAUUGCUUCAUCUGCUGUUCCUGUGGCCGGGCGCUGCGGGGAAAGGCCUUCUAUAAUGUCCAUGGCAAGGUCUACUGUGAGGAAGACUACCUCUACUCUGGCUUCCAGCAGACGGCAGAGAAAUGUGCCAUCUGUGGCCACCUGAUCAUGGAAAUGAUAUUGCAGGCAAUGGGCAAGUCAUAUCACCCGGGUUGCUUCCGUUGCUGCAUCUGCAAUGAGUGUCUGGAUGGUGUUCCCUUCACAGUCGAUGUUGACAAUAAGAUCUAUUGUGUGCAUGACUAUCAUAGCUUGAAUGCCUUUUGCGAUUGCACAUGGACUGGUUAUCUCUCAUUCGGAGGCCUUUACUCACCUAAAUGGUUGCCAAGAAGGGGAAGGGGAAGAGACAACCAGCGGUCAACAUUUGCCACUCGGAACGUCAUGCAAUGGCCUCAAGGAGUGAUGGGUCGUAUGGAGGACAGUGGUAGGCGAGGAGGACGUCAGUAUCCAAGACCUGCAUUGUUGUUUUGCAAUGUAGUGGUGAGGAUUGGCCGAAGAUUGGGCUGCAGUUGAGCGUGCAGUGAAUAAAGGACAGAAGCAGUCCUCCUCAAUUUUUUUUUUUUUUUUCUUCUUCUUCUUCUUCUUCUUUUUUCUUUCCCUUUUUUUUUCUUUCUUUUUCUUUUUUUGAGAAAAUAAAGGUGAAGUUAGGAGGAAGAUGUUAUAUUAAAGUUUUGUAAACCUGAUCAUGUGCUUACUGAAUCUUUGAGAUGCAUUUAGGGCAUCUUAUGACAUUUUGCAAUUGUUAGAUCUCAUGUGGCUUUAUUAUGAUAUUUAGCAUUAAUAUUGUUUAUUAUUAUUCUUAAGCUUUGAUCAGAAGAGCUGGAAUAAAGUAGGUAGAAAAGAAUGGCACCAGGCAUUUUGAAUAAAGAUACCUCAUAUAAAAACAAACUAUUGGUGUUCGGUGUGAAUGCAUUUGUGAUGCUGUUCUUUUAACACAGUAACUUAAUAUCAUUUCAGUAACCAUAGCAAUACAGAUACAGUGUUUUAUCAUUUCUAGGAUUUCAGAUAAAUGCUCUGUAAUUUUAGUCCAUAAUUCUAACAUAUGUAUUUUGUCUCAGAGUAUAGCUAUAUAUAAGUAUCCAGGUGAAUGGUAAUAGGUGUCUAUGUGUAAUAAUAAAACUUUUUUCUGUGAUAAAUCCAUAUGCUUGAAAAGACCUUUGGUAAAAAAGAAAAAAAAAAAAAAAAAAAAAAAGUCUUUCAUGGUCCUUUUCCUCUUCCUGCUUGUUCUUGAUAAAUCCUCCUCCUCCAUAUCCUCCUAUUUCCCUUCUCCCACAAAAAUAGAUGAAUAGAAGAGGAGUUAUCCAAAGUUCAAGAAAGGAAAAAAUGUGUAAUAUAUAAUUUAUUGUUGCUUUUGGAAUUUUUAUGGAUGCCUUCACCAGAAUGUGCUCUACUGAUAGGUUACAUUGUUUGAAAAUUUUGAGAAAUAAUUUCCGGUAAAAGAGAAAAAUAAUUAUCAGUGAACAGUGUAGAAAUUCUUUGGAUAAUACACAAACUUCUGUAUGAUUAUAUAGGCUGAGAAGAAAUAGGUAAAGCACUUAAAAGAAGUGUCAUUCAAAAGAGAGAAAAUAGAGGAAGUGCUAAAAAGAACACAUGAGUUGGUAUUAAACAUUUAAAGGUGUAACAAGAAUCAGUGUGGUAUAUCGGGAACCAAAAAUGGUCUCUAAGCAGCAGUUGUCACUGCCAGAUCCAAAGGCCUCUCAAGCGAGUUUGUAAUGGAAAACUGAAUCUCCAUCUAAAGAUGUAACAAAAAUUACUCCAUCUCUCCUAUUGAGGUUUGUGCCAUAGAGCCUCUAAAGAUAUGAAUUUUUAAAGAUAUUUAUUUGGAAGAAAAUAGAAGUUUUAAAAGUUCUUUUUUUCUCAAAUUAGUUCUAUUGCUAAACAACCAUGAUAGCAGAACACAUUAGUGUUUUCAGUUUGGAUGCAUUUGAGUAAGCCAAGUUUGUACUCUUUAUAUAGUAACAGUUGCUACAAGGCUUAUUGGACCAAAGACAUCAGUUGGAUAUUAUUAUACUAAACUUGGUAGUUUGAAAUGGAUAUUAAUGAAAACUUGGAAGGGUUUUUUCUCAUGGUUAUUUCCCAAUUGAAACUUAGUCAAGUUUCUGGGUAAAUUGGGUAACCGAAUGCUGAAAAUGAUCAUGAAGAUUUUUUUAUAGUUUUGAGAUGUAUCAUUUCCUCAAGUCCUUGUGUCUUGGAUGAAAUUUUUGUUAUAUUCCAAGAUUUUCAAGGAAAAGUUUUAAAGCUCUGAAAGAAAAUUGACAUUAUGAAAGGGAAUUUACACACACAAAAUGAACUCUUGAAUCCCUUAGACCAAUGGAAUAUUAAACAACAAAGGAGCAGAAAUAGAUAGGAUAAAGAGUUAGGCUGUCUUACUACAGUAUGUGUUUAUGCAUACACCUAUAUUUAUAUCAAAGGGAAACUGGACAUUACUUAAAAGAUGAAAGCCAAAAAUUGAUAGUUAAAGCAAGUAAAAGAAAGAUCAUUCAAAAGAGAGAAAAUAAAGCAAGUGCAAAGAAAGGAAGAGACAUGAGUCUCUAAGCAGUGGUGGUCACUGCUAGACCCAGUAGCCUUUCAAGGGAAUUUAUAAUGGAAAACUGAAAUUCCAUCUAAAGACAUAACAAAAAAUUAUUGCCUGUCUCUUUCAUAAUGAAGUGUGUGGGAUAGAGCUUCAAAAAAUAUGACUUACAUCUUUCCCAAGAUAUAUAUUUAGAAGAAAAUAAAGGGUUAUGUGCUACUAUAAUGUAGAAUGAAAGUGCUUUAUUUAAAGAUUUUACAUGUGCUUUUAUGAAAACAGAGAUGGAAGGCGAUGGCAUAGUGAUUUCAGUAUCUACUAUGAAUUCCAAUUUGAAGUUAGAUUGUUAGUGUCUGAGCACUAAUAUGCACUGCAGUUGUACAUUUUUCAGUAUCAGAAUAGGAAAAAUAUUUUCCUUUCCAUAGAAGAUAUCCCUAUAUUGCUUUAUUCCAUGUUUCAAAACAUUUUGUUUGUAGCAAACAAGCAAGCAAACCAUAAAGCUAUAUGUUAUAGCACAUUGUCUUUUUUUAAUAGAGCUGAGAUGAUAUUGAAAAUAGAACCAACAUUGCAGGAAAUGUUUGCUAUUCAGUUAUUUUAUAAAAAAUGAAUUACAAUAUUACAUUUUAAUGUUAAAACUCAUAGAAAUAGCUAGCUAACUAGACUGAAUAUAAACGGAAUGACAGAGGCAGGCAGGCAGACAUAUUUAAAUAUAAAUAUAGAUAUAUUCAUAUAUUUAUAUACACACUUUUAUCAGUACAUGCAUGCACCAGCAUAUAUGUGUACCUACAAGGGUGGUAAUUUCCUGGGAAAUACUGGAAAACAGCAGAAAUUACAUGGUCAGUACUGAGAAAUGACAGUUUCAGUUAUGUUAAUAAAUAAGUUAAAUUUAAUCUCUUAAUCUUGUAUCAGAUAUGACAUUAAAUAAAUAUUGAUGCAUUUGACAUAGUGCUGCAGAUCAUUUACAAAAUAGUAUUGUUUUUCAGUAAUACAAUUAGGUUUAUUAUGUGCGUUUAUUUUAGUAUCAACACAUUAAUGUUGACUAAAUGCACUUCCCAUUUUUUUUUCUUCUUCUUCUUCUACAUAGAUUGUUUGCUUAAUUACCAAGGGAGUCAAUUAGUAGCCCUAGCUGACCUUGCCUGAUUUUUCCAUUCCUCAAUUUUUUAGAUCGUAUUAUCAUUAUGGUUGUCAUUAUUGUUAUUCCUAUUAUAGUUAUUGUAAUGUUAUUAGCAAUACUACAACAAAUGAAAUAAUAUUUCCAUAAAACAAGGAAAAGAGUAAAGAGGGGAGGUCAUGAAAGCCGAAUGCUUUGACUUUGGAUGCCACGUGUGUGCUAAUGGAAUGAGUAAACUGAAAUUACAGUGGGCAGAGCAAGUUUAUGCAGCAUUGAAGAGGUAAUAUAAAUCAUUAUUUAUUAGUUUAUGAAAGACUUUGAUCAAGAAAUUUUUCUGAUUAUUUGUGGCACCCAUGCAUACGUAAGCGCAUGCACACACAUUUGUGAAC